AUGGACUCGCUCGUGGCAGCAUACAGCCGCCCGGCGUAUGAGGAGGGCUUCAACGAUGAAGAUUCACAGCAACUCGCCCUGGACCUCGCACCGCCGCUCAACCUCAAAUUCGCCCUUCCGCCCAUUGCAUCAUCGCAAUCCUGGCUGCGCGCCAUGACGGACGACCACAGCAACCCCAAUUGCCCCAUCAAAAUCGCCCACGGAACCACGACGCUCGCCUUUCGCUUCAAGGGCGGCAUCAUCGUCGCCACGGAUUCGCGAGCCACGGCCGGUAACUGGAUCGCCAGUCAGACGGUCAAGAAGGUCAUUGAGAUCAACAGCUGCUUGUUGGGAACCAUGGCGGGAGGCGCUGCGGACUGUCAAUACUGGCUCGCAUACCUCGGCAUGCAAUGUCGUCUCCACGAACUCCGUCACAAGCGCCGCAUCUCCGUCGCCGCCGCCUCCAAGAUCCUCGCCAACCUCGUCUACAGCUACAAGGGAAUGGGUCUGAGCAUGGGAACCAUGUGCGCUGGUGUCACCCCUUCCGAGGGUCCCGCCCUCUACUACAUCGAUUCGGAUGGUACCCGCUUGGCCGGCAACCUGUUCUGUGUGGGUUCCGGUCAGACGUUUGCGUAUGGUGUGUUGGAUGCCGAGUACAGCUAUGAUUUGGAGGAUGAUGCGGCGUUGGAAUUGGGACGGAGAAGUAUCCUCGCCGCCACCCACCGAGAUGCCUUUUCCGGUGGUUUCAUCAACCUGUACCACGUCAAGGAGGAUGGAUGGGUCAAGCAUGGAUUCAGCGAUACCAACCCGAUCUUUUGGAAGACCAAGCUGGAAAAGGGCGAAUUCUCCAACGUCACCGCGGACUUGGAGUAG